CACAACAUUGUACGUCACACUCCAUUUCGGAGCGAGGGAAGCGUAUGGCGUGAGCAAGACGGACCCACGGACCGCAAACUACAAACAUUAUCUUAAAAAUACAAGCAGACCCACAGAGACGUUAACGAUGAGCGGCGUGAUGAAUUUUAAGAAAUGUGGAUCUGUUCUGGUAACGGGAGCCAGCCGGGGCCUCGGCCUGCAGAUAGUGGAAAGCCUCGCGUCGGGCGCGUUCUCACCGGGGAAGAUUAUCGCCACCGCGCGCAACCCCGGCGGCGCGCAGGAACUUCAGAUGUUGGCAGAUAAACAUCCCAACGUCCAUAUAAUUACCAUGGAUGUAGUGAGCCAGAGCAGUAUAGAGAAGGCCGUUGAAGAAGUGGACCACCUGGUACAUGAAGAGGGUCUGGCCUGCUUAAUCAACAAUGCAGGGGUCAAUGUUGUGGCCAACUUGGACACUGUAAACGCAGAAAAGAUGAUUGAGAAUUUCCACGUCAACUCAGUGUCUCCUCUCAUGAUCACUAAGGCCUUCCUGCCAUUGCUGAAGCGGGCGGCGUCCAGAGGAGAGCCAGGCAGUACAGGGAGAAUGGGCAUCCAUAAAGCGGCUGUUAUUAACAUGAGCUCUCUACUGGGCUCUGUUGAGCUGAACUGGGGGGACAGGGCCAACACCUUCAAAUGGUACCCUUACAGGACAUCCAAGAGUGCCCUUAACAUGGUGACCCGUUGCUUGGCAAUCGAUUUGGAGCCUGAUGGGAUCCUCUGCAUGGCUCUGCACCCCGGCUGGGUCCGCACUGACAUGGGUGGGCCUCAGGCACCACUGAGUCCAGAGGAAAGUGUUUCCAGCAUCUUGUCUGUGAUCGGUGGGCUAAAGGAAACGGACCACGGGUCAUUUCUGCACUAUACAGGAGAGCCAUUGCCAUGGUAAACAUGAUUAACCUGUAGAUGAGCAGAUUGAUUUGGAGCACCGCUACCUUAAGUCUCUGGACAUUUUGUCUCUGCACAAACUAUCUCUGUUCAAAGAUGUAUUCAAUUAUGUCUUGAAUGUUUUGUGCUCUGUGCUUCUUCUUCUGAGAUUUCAUAUUCCUAUCUGGGUAGCUAUGUCAGUACCUCAAAUUUAAAACCAACUGGAUGUUUCAAAUGUUUCAAAAUGUCUUUCAUAUUCAAAUCCUUAGGCCAUCCAAAUUCAUAAUUUGCCUUGCAGAGACAUUUUGAAUGGUGAUCAAGUUUUCUAGAUCAUUGUGGAUGAUGGAGCCAAAUGUCUGUAAAAAUACAGUGUGAAUGACUUGCCCAACCAGCGGGGAUACAUUGUUGUUCAAAUAAAAUUACUACAUCAGAUACUUUAGCAUUCCACAUUUCCAGUUUUGUUGGACUCCUCCCAAACAGUAGUGUUGCGUUAGCGUAGUUCCCGUUCACAAUAAUGCCGCUGCAGCAAUGAGUUAAGCAUUGCUUACUGAAUGAACUUUGAUUACACAGUGCAUUUCAUUGAAUUUUCUCACAACGGUAAAAUAUGAGUUACCCAAAAUGGGGGGGGGGGUCAAACUGAGAUCUUUAUAAUAGUCUAUGGUACUUCCAUGACAAAUCAGAAUGGACAGAGGUUUUCAAAAGCAUAAAACCAACCAGGAGCUGAACUACAAGAUGAAGCUGACUUAAAAUCAUCACGUUACAGGAGUGCCUGUAAAUGACAGAAUCCUCCAUUUCAGCUCAUUUCACCAACAGACAUUAUUCACGUCUGCUUUCUCUGAUACCCAGAGGGAAAGGCCAGGCCAGCUUGUGGCACACACCUGAUGGGGUGCAUUCUCCAGUUACUUUAUGUUAUGUGUUGCUACAGAGCAGGUGAAUCCAGCUGCAGACACAGAUGGAGACCAAAAUAGGGUAAAAUAUAUAUUUAUUGAAAGGCCAGGGAAGAAGGGGGGGCAGGUUAGGUUUAGCUCGGGCUGGUAGCUAAGCCAUUAGUUGCUGUAGUUGCCCGGAUUGGAUGUAGAGGGCCACUGAAGAGAAGCUUGGGGGAAUUCUUAACAAUCUUCUAAGGUGCAGUGUUAGGAAGGUUGCUUUUGAAAUGUAAAAGUUACAGAUUACCAGUUACCCUGUUAAAAAUGUAACGAGUAAUGUAACUAUAUAAUUACUCCAAAUUAAUGUAACUUAUUACAUUUAAUUACUUUUUGAUUACUUUUCUAACAUGUUUUAAAUUGGCCAGAUAGUACAAACCAUUGUCAGUAUGUAGUAAUUUACAUGAUAUCCAACCAUUUUUACAUUUAAUGUAAAGUAAUAUUGUCUCUAAGUUUGACAAUUUAAACAUUUUAUUUCUUCAGUUGAUAGUUCCAUGGCAAAAAGUGAUUUUUUUAUAUAUUUGAAAGCUGUUUUCAUACCAAAGGAAUAAUAUACAUGCAAUAAUGUGUGCAUUGCUUUUCAAUGGAAAAAGUUCCACUGUUUUACUAUUCUGCCCAUUCUAUCAUUUUAAGAUCAAAACUACUGGGCUUUUUUUUAACCUGUAUUUGCAGUUAUUUAUCAAGGUUUUAAUGCUGAAAACAUUGCUAUAGCAAAAGUUAUAGCAUUUGCAGAUUGAAAUAGCAAUAAAAGUAGGUAAAAAU